GGGAUCCGCGCCGCGCUCCUCGGGGACCCCGCGGGAGCCGGGCGCUCGCCUCCUGGAAGCCACCGAGGGCGCCCAGACCUCGGCGGAUUGAACAGAAACUGCUCUUCCAUUGAUUCGGCCGGGCUGGGCGAGCGGCCGGGUGCGUGUGCCCCGAGCGCGUGCGGAAGGCAGAAGGGCAGGAAGUCGGUGUUCUGCAGCGAGGGUGGCGGCACCGCGCAGGCGACGGAGCCUUCCUUAUUUAUGUGCCUGCCGGCAUUUGCCUUCUUCGCCCCAAGACUUCAGGGAGCGUCUCCGAGCUGCGUUCCCCGCGUGUGAGGCACAGGAGGAAGGGCUGGAUGUCUGAACAACGUGAUUACCCGUUAACCUCCAAACUUUUCUUUUUUUAACCCAAAGAAUAUCGGUGAUUUUUGUCCACUGCUAGCAGAAGAAGAGCGAACCCAGGGCCCUUGAAAUGCAGCAAAAUCCUUAUUUAUAAUCGGGCCCGAGGUAGUGAUAUGCAAACCCCCUCUACUCAGUGAAUUUUCUAUCCUAUGGAUAUCAGUCUUGAGAUUUGAGACUGGAGAGCUAUACUGUCUGCACUGGGUCCGGCAGCCUCCAUCCUUUCAAUGCCCGGUUUUCUCUGGGACUGCUGGCCUUCCCUGGUUAUCAGAGCCGUACUGUGUGCCAUGGGCUGCAUUCAGAGCAUCGGGGGCAAAGCCAGAGUCUUCCGGGAAGGCAUCACGGUGAUCGAUGUCAAGGCCUCUAUCGACCCCAUCCCCACCAGCAUCGAUGAGUCCUCCAGCGUGGUGCUCCGCUACCGGACACCCCACUUCCGUGCCUCGGCCCAGGUGGUCAUGCCGCCCAUCCCCCAGAAGGAGACCUGGAUAGUUGGCUGGAUUCAGGCGUGCAGCCACAUGGAGUUCUACAACCAGUAUGGGGAACAGGGCAUGUCCAGCUGGGAGCUCCCAGACCUCCAGGAAGGCAAGAUUGAGGCCAUCAGCGACUCGGACGGGGUGAACUACCCCUGGUACGGCAACACCACGGAGACCUGCACCAUCGUGGGCCCCACCAAGAGAGACUCCAAGUUCAUCAUCAGCAUGAAUGACAACUUUUACCCCAGCGUCACGUGGGCCGUGCCCGUCAGCGAGAGCAACGUGGCCAAGCUGACCAGCAUCUACCGGGACCAGAGCUUCAUCACGUGGCUGGUGGCCACCAACACCUCGACCAACGACAUGAUCAUCUUGCAGACACUGCACUGGCGCAUGCAGCUCAGCAUCGAGGUGAACCCCAACCGGCCCCUGGGCCAGCGCGCCCGGCUGCGGGAGCCCAUCGCCCAGGACCAGCCCAAAAUCCUGAGCAAGAACGAGCCCAUCCCGCCCAGCGCCCUGGUCAAGCCCAAUGCCAACGACGCUCAGGUCCUCAUGUGGCGGCCCAAGUACGGGCCGGCGCUGGUGGUGAUCCCCCCCAAGCACCGCUAACAGCCAGGGCGCCCGCGAGGUGACACCCAGAUAAUAACACCGCGCAAACAACCCGCACGGACUCUGCAGUCGUUCAGCGAAAUACAACCUUUCUACCUUCUCCAGCGGGCGGAUCUCACUGUGCGAAACGCGCGCGGGGAUGGCCCCCCGCCCUCCUGGGACCUGCUUCCCUGGGGGAGGGGGGAGACCCAGGCGGGACCGACCGCUCCACGUGCGCCCUCAGUGUCACCUUGGGUCUCCUUUCCUCUCCUCCUCGCAAUUUCCGUCAUUCACUUGCAACAGACUCCCCGAAACAACUGCUUUUUCUGUUCCUUUUCCUUUCUUUUUUUUUUUUUUUUUUUUUUUUUAACGCCUCUUUCCGAGGUUCAGGGGUGGGAUGAGGAGGAGCUGGUGAUGAGCCUGGUCUCACCGCACCGGGCUGAUCGCAGCGGCCCCGCCUGCCCGAGGCGGCUCCCCUCAUCCUCCGUCACGAGGCCUUAUGUAGACUUGCUUUGCCAAACUUUUGCCUUAAGCUGAUUUUAAAGGAAAAAACCGGAAACAAAGAGAGCAGGAUGUCUUUUCUGCUGGACUUUGCAUCUUCCGCCAGAGGUGAGGGAGGAGGGGGUUGGGCUACAGAUUUAGAUCUAAAACCGGCUGCUCAUUCUUUCGUUUUAGCUGAGCCGAAACCACAGGCAGAUUCUGCCCCCAAAGUCCCUUCUCGCCACCCCAGGUAGAAGAACCCUUACCCAACUUGGUGCCUGCAGAGACAAGCUGUGAGCU